AUGUCGAACGCGAUAGAGGAUCCCCGGGUCAGGGCGGCCAUUGAGCACUACCUGUUAGAUCUGGAGAACACCCAGCCGAAGAAUACGAAGCGAAAUUAUCGUCCCAAGCAGGAAGAAUGGAAGGAGUGGUGUCAAGCCAACUGGCCUGCGAUCCCGGACGUUUGGCCGGCCUCGGUACCACAGGGCCAACAGCUACCGGGAGACCUGGUCGAUGAAGGAAAGCUCUUGCUCUUCAUGAAGGAGGUAGUGGCAUCACGUCCUCCAAAGAAAGGAAAGAGGGUCGCCGAUGAAAGAAAACGACACCUCGAGGCUCAGGAAGCCAAGAGGGCCGUGAAAAGACGCAGAGCACCAUCAGAUACCAUCGUUGUAGGCGGCGGAGGUAGCGAAUACGAGUCAGACUCCGACUUGGAGUUGUAUGAGUCCACGCUCAAACUACAGUAUAAUACUGUACGGGGCUACGUCUCGGCCAUACAGAAGCUUUACGACGAGCAGAAGAGCCGGGAGUCAAUCCUGCGGCCCGGCCACGGGAUGCCCGACCACACCAACGUGGCAUGGUCCGAGAGGAGAGAUCGCCUGCGCCCUGAGGACGCAGGUGGACUUUCUGCUCGGGAACCACAUGCUGCUGCGGUCCGGCAACCGCCUGCCGAUGGAGUUGGCAGACUGCUUUCCCUGGACUUACCCAACGAGGGCUUCAAGGCCCAGGGUAGAAAAGGCGGAAAGGUUUCCGUCUUCCAAAGAAGCGAAGACUGGUAUGAAACGAAGGUGCUCCGCCGAUCGGCGAAGGAGCCUCAAGCUCCGUUGUCGGGCCAGACUGCCCGAGAAUGGACGUCCAGGUUCUACAAGAAGGCCGGCAUCAAGGUCUCCAAGGUCAGCCACGCGCCUAGAGUGGCCGCGACGCAAAACGCCGACAUGGCCGGAUCUCGGGUGGAGCAGAACAUGGCCGCCGGCGCCUUCUUGGAACUCCUGGAGUGGCUUCGAGAGGUGCUCCUGCAGGACGCUGUCUUCCUUCGCGAGUCCUACCCCGACCAUCCUAUCUUUCAGGAUCCGGUCUUCUCUUGCCCCGAGUUUGAAGCGUUCGCCAGCAAAGUUCAAGACACAUGCACACGGGACCACGAAGACAGCCAUACCACGGUCAUUCAAAAAGCGAUCCCGGUGGUUGCGGAGAAGCUGCGCACAUUGGAUGAGUUUGCGCAGGCCACCUACACCGUCACCUUCAGCCCCGGCCAAGGUGCUGCAGGUCAACAUGCGGAGAUCGCGGAGCUCAUCAACAGAGGCGCCGCGCUCCACGAGAGACGGUCCUCAGGUCCGAGAUAG